GGUGUGGAACUUCAUUGUAUCAAAGUACCGGUGGUGUGGAACUUCAUUGUAUCAAAGUACCGGAGGUGUGGAAGUUAAUUGUAUCAAAGUGUAACCGGUUAUUUUCUUGCCCGGUGCGGGAUUCGAUACGAAGUGUACUGCACCACAAGGCGACAUGACAUCAUCGGUGGUGUGGAACUUAAUUGUAUCAAAGUAUCGGUGGUGUGGAACGUAAUUGUAUCAAAGUACCGGUGGUGUGGAACUUAAUUGUAUCAAAGUGCCGGUGGUGUGGAACUUAAUUGUAUCAAAGUACCGGCGGUGUGGAACUUUUUUGUAUCAAAGUACCGGCGGUGUGGAAGUGAAUUGUAUCAAAGUGCCGGCGGUGUGGAACUUAUUGUAUCAAAAUACCGGCGGUGUGGAACUUAUUGUAUCAAAAUACCGGCGGUGUGGAACUUAUUGUAUCAAAAUACCGGCGGUGUGGAACUUAAUUGUAUCAAAGUGCCGGGGGUGUGGAACUUAAUUGUAUCAAAGUGCCGGGGGUGUGGAACUUAAUUGUAUCAAAGUGCCGGGGGUGUGGAAGUGAAUUGUAUCAAAUUGUGAAUUGUACAUGACUAGCAUAUGACUAGCCGUGUGAUUUCCGGUACUUUCCCACAUCGUAGCUUUGUGUCUCACUUGUUAUCCUUCGUCUGACGUGCGUUGUGGAGCGCGAACAUUAAAAAACAAAAAAAAUCCCCCUCUGAAAGGGGGUUUCUCUUCUAUUCUGGCGCUAAUUUCAUUUUCCCUUUACCGCUCGCAUGGCGCCAGGAGCUGUUUUGGCCUACGCGCCACGCCGUACAGCGUCCCGCUCGCGUGUCCUUCCGGUAAUGGCGUCUCUCCCGUAGCGGCAGGCUGCGCCUCCCCAGCCUGAAUCUCACCGCCCGGUAACUGCGCUGAUGGUUUUUACUUCAUGCUAAAGUAAAGGGAAGAAGAAGAAGAAGAAGAAGAUACGGUCAAGGGAAGAAGAAGAAGAAGAAGACGCGGUCAAGGGAAGAAGAAGAAGAAGCAGCUACGGUCAAGGGACGGUUUAUAUCCGAAGCCCCGCCCAUCCACGGAGGUAAACACAGUGUUGUUGUUUCCGUAGCACGGUCGGCGCUGAGAAGCGGAGCAGCGGAGCGGAGCAGCAGCGGAGCAGCAGGUAUUACUCAACACUCCUUUGGAUCCAGUAAAUGGAAACGACGAGCUCGCCAUGAACUGCCGCUCCGAGGUCCUUGAGUUGACGGUGGAGGCGAGACAGGUCGACGAAGCCAUAUUGGCCUUGCUGCACACCAUCCUCCUGCACCGCAGCACGGGGAAAUUUCACUACAAGAAAGAGGGCACCUACUCCAUCGGCACCGUCGGCACACAGGACAUAGACUGCGACUUCAUCGACUUCACCGUCGUCCGGGUGUCCUCGGAUGAGCUGGACAGAGUCAUCAGAAAGGCUGUGUCCGAGUUCAAGGAUGCUUUGAACAAUUCUGGCAGUGAUGGCAUGGGACAAAUCUCUCUGGAGUUCUACCAGAAGAAAAAAUCCCGCUGGCCUUUUUCGGAUGAGUGCAUUCCUUGGGAAGUGUGGACCAUCAAGGUCAACGUUGUCAGCCUGGCCAACGAGCAAGAGAGACAGAUCUGCCGGGAGAAGGUCGGUGAGAAGCUCGGCGAGAAGGUGAUCAACGUCGUCGAAGUCAUAAACCGUCACGAAUACUUGCCAAAGAUGCCUACCCAAUCAGAAGUGGACAAUGUGUUUGACACCAGUCUCAAGGAUGUCCAGCCCUACCUUUACAAAAUUACAUACCAGAUCACUGACUCACUGGGCACCUCUGUAAGCACUACCAUGAGAAGGCUGAUCAAAGACACCCUGGCCUUGUGAAGAUGCACUGGGAUGGAGGUUAUGGUCCAUGAAACGAGUUGUUGUACUAAAAACAUAGUUUUAAUGAUCUCCACCUACAGUGAGGGAAUACCAGUAUAAGAAAUUAAAAUAUAUGGGAAGCUGUCAGCUUCUGUUAUGACUUCUCAGCUUGGAUCCCUAAGUUUUAUUAACAGUGCUCCUCGUCCCUCAGAAUUACGUAAUGUCGAGAUUUUUGCAAACAUCAGUUUCUCCUCCUAAUUUUGUCUUCGAUUUUAUCUUCGAUGCACCUUUUAAACACAAUAGUGAAAGAUAGUCAGUUUUAUUUUGUUUUUAAUUUAACAAAGUGCACACGUUAUUGGUAAUGAUGGCAAAUGAGAGGAAAAAUGUCAAGAUUGUGUACCUCUUUAAACAAUAAACAUCAAUGAUUAUAA